CUCCUUUUUACAACCGUUUCUCAAUCAUCAACCAGUGUGUAUUUUUACUGGGACUGUCCACACGUCGUACACAAAAGAGCUGCGCAAUUUGUCAGACAUGGCGCCGAUUGAUCCACAUUCCUUCACAGAUUCCGCGCACCCUCUCACCACCCACGUCUCCCUCACUCUAUACUUCGACUUCCCGUCGUCCACCAUCUCCGCCGCCACACUCAUCUCUCUGGCUGCGCCUUAUUCCGGCCCCCUCACUCUCGACACCCGUUCCCUCUCCAUCUCCGAUGUUCUUGACCCCGUCUCGCUUUCCCGGAUUCCCUUCUCCUUCUCCCCCUCACCGCUGGACCCAAUCCUCGGCCAAGCUCUCACCUUCUCCCUCUCGAACCAAUCCCAAGUAUUGAUUCUCUCUGGAACAACUCCUUCUAGCUCCGCCCUUCAGUGGCUUUCGCCGCCGCAGACGUUUAACAAAACACACCCCUUCGUUUACACGCAAUGCCAGUCCAUCCACGCCAGGUCCGUUUUCCCUUGUCAGGACACUCCCGCCGCGAGGAUCAAAUACUCUGCGAAAUUGAACAUCCCGCGCCAGCUCUCGGCCGUGAUGUCCGCGAAGCAUGUGGAGAGGCGGCAGCCCUUCCCAGCGGAGGCCGGAGGAGCGUGCGAAGAUGCGAUUUGGUGUGCGGAUGAUCGGGUCGUGGAGGAAUUUGUGAUGGAGCAGCCGAUUCCGCCCUAUUUGUUUGCUUUCGCAGUUGGUGAAUUAGGGUUCAGGGAGGUAGGGCCACGGACGAGGGUCUACUCAGAGGCAGCACCUGCUCUGCUAGAUGCGGCCGCCAAGGAGUUCGCUAGUACUGAGGAGAUGAUCAGGGUGGGAGAGCGGCUUUUUGGGCCUUAUGAUUGGGAGAGGUUUGAUUUGUUGGUUUUGCCUCCGAGUUUCCCGUAUGGAGGAAUGGAGAACCCGAGGAUGGUCUUCUUGACACCCACUGUUAUCAAGGGAGAGUCUAGUGGAGCACAGGUGGUGGCUCACGAACUUGCUCAUAGCUGGACAGGAAAUCUGAUCACUAACAAAAACAACAAUCACUUUUGGCUAAAUGAGGGUUUCACAACAUAUGCGGAACGGAGGAUUGUAGAAGUAGUGCAAGGAGAGGACAGGAAGGCACUGAGUAUUGGUCGUGGGUGGAGGGGACUUGUUGAGGAAAUGAAAAGGUUCAAGGAUAACUUGGAAUUCACAAAGCUGAAAACCAACCAGGCAGGGGUUGACCCCGAUAAUGUGUACUCUCAAGUCCCAUAUGAGAAAGGCUUCCAGUUCUUAUGGCGGAUUGAGAGACAAGUUGGAAGACCUGCCUUUGAUGAAUUUAUUAAAAAAUACAUUGCCACCUUCAAGUUUCAGUCAAUUGACACUGAUAUGUUUCUUGAUUUUCUGAAAGAAAAAUUACCUGGAAUAGAGGGUGGAAUUGAUUUGAAGAUGUGGACCGAGGGUACUGGCAUACCCUCAGAUGCAAUGGAACCGGUUUCUGAACUGUACACAAAGAUUGUAUCUCUGGCUAAUGAAUUCAAACUGGGUAGGAUGCCAAGCGAGGAUGAAGUUGCUGACUGGCAGGGACCGGAAUGGGAGCUUUACCUUGACAAUUUACCGAAAUCUGUUGAAGCUUUACAGAUCAGGGCUUUAGAUGCUCGCUAUAGGCUUUCGGAAUCAAGAAAUCAUGAUGUGAAGGUUGGGUUUCUUAAGCUGGCGAUCUCAGCAAGGUGCAGAGAUUACUACAGCGAGGUGGAGAGGACUCUCAAGGAAGUUGGGAGGAUGUUGUACCUUCGCCCCCUCUACACUGCACUGGUCCAAUGUGAUGGUAAGGAAGAUGAAGAAGACAAGGUUUUUGCCACAAGGGUCUUUUCUGAGGCGUGUGAUGGUUAUCAUCCAAUAGCUAAAGGGGUUGUUGAGGCCAUUCUGGCUAAAUUUGUAUGAUUUUUAAAUUUGUUGAUUUCUCUUCGCUUCCUUUGCCUGGCACAAUUCUCCAAGCACUCUUUUGUAUGACAGUACGAGGCCCGUGUGACAAAGGCAAAAUCUGGUCGAAAUAAUUGUUAGUCACUGAAUCUAAUUGACCAAUAGAAUAAGAAGUCAAAUGACCAAUCGGCUAUAGCCUAUAGAUCAUCA